AUGGCUACCACAUCUGGAUAUAAUACGAUUUCUAGACCACACCGCAAGUUGGCACUUGUUAUUGGCAUUGGUGACUAUGAGAGUGGUGCAAUAUUACACAAUACAAAAAUUGAUGCGCGUGAUAUGUCAUCUAAAUUGAAUAGCAUUGGUUUUAUUUGUGAUGGACCAAAAUUAGAUUUGACACACAAAGAUAUGGAACUCGCUCUAAUUAAAUUUAAACACUCAAUAAGAGAAGGAGAUUUGGUUUUGUUCUAUUUUGCUGGACACGGAACACAAUGGGAGGAUCAAAAUUUUCUUAUAGCAAAAGAUGAUAACAAUAUGGAGACUAUUAAUAUACACAAUCGAGCGAUUCUUAUACAAAAAUUUCUGGACGAUUUCAACGAUCGUCAUCCAUUUGCAACGAUAGUUCUCUUGGAUUGUUGUAGAGUAUAUCACUUACGUAAUCCUCAAUUAGUCGCAGCACUAGCCCGUGCAAAGAACGCAAAUGUUCCUAAGUCAACUGCCUUAAAACAAAUAGAUGGAAAAGCCGGAAUGUUGAUUGCAUUCGCCUGCGCUCCUGGAACAAUAGCAAAUGAUGGAACAAAUGCCAAAAAUGGUUUAUUUACAAAACAUCUUUUAGAACAUAUUGGAACUCCGAAUAAAGAUAUUCGAAUGGUAAUGGCUGCUGUCACUAAAGGAGUCAGGGCUGACUCAAAAUUAGAACAAAUACCGUCUAUUACUGUUACAAUAUGGGAAGAAUAUGUAUGUCUAUUCGAACAAAAUUCAGGUAAAUAG